AUGUCUGUCAAGGAAGUUGCAGGUGAGCGGCGGCGCAGGCAUCACUCGUCAUCGCCUUCGACCUCUGCAUCGCCCAGCUCUAGGUCACUGGACGCCGACAAGGAUCACCACCGAAGCCAUCAACGGCGACGGAGGCGCCCCUCUGCAUCAGAGACGUUUGAUGACCCUAACGGGCAAGCAAGCAGCAGCCAACAAAUCCGGGUGCGUUCACGGAACAGAGACGGACACGGAGGCCGAGAGCGGGGCCGCGGCCCCGAUCACCACCGUGACCGUCGUUCCUCUACGGUUCCUGAUCCAGUCCACUCCGGCUUGACAGCAGCAGACGAUGAUAGUAACAGCGACAAGCCAUGGUUCAAGAAAAAGACCCUCUGGGCGAGCGUCGCCACAAUGGCCACGGUUCUCGCCCUGCUACCAGCCUCGGUCUCGGCCAACGCGAGCCAGGAGGCCGCGGCGGCAAGCAUGAAAGCUGCCAAGGCGGCCGGGAAGAGCGCAGAGGCCUCGACCAGAGCUGCGGACGCGACAGAGAAGAGCUCCAGGGCAGUUGUCGGCACCUCGAUGGCGAACGGGCACAUUGACAACCGUGGAAACUACUGCGGCCCUACGGACCAUUUCAAGGGCGGAAAGAGCAGAAACGCACGGGGAAGUCGCUCUAGGUGA